UUUUUUUUUUUUUAAGCAUUCUACACUCUAUUUAUUCUCACCUCUCUUGCAAACUGCAAUCCAAUAGGGAAGCCUCUGCAAAUUAAGCUGCUUAAUUAUCAGAGGGAAGCUUGGUCUUGGAGGUGAAAAUGUGGAGUAACACCUGGAAGGGACACUAGAGAGAAUCUUAAGGGUGGAAGAUGUCGAUGGAUGUGACGUUUCUGGGGACGGGUGCAGCAUACCCGUCCCCAACCCGAGGUGCUUCUGCUGUGGUUCUUCGGUGUGAGGGCGAGUGCUGGCUCUUUGACUGUGGGGAGGGAACUCAGACACAGCUUAUGAAAAGCCAACUUAAAGCAGGGAGAAUUACCAAGAUCUUCAUUACACAUCUUCAUGGAGACCAUUUCUUUGGCCUUCCUGGCCUCCUCUGCACAAUCAGUCUGCAGAGUGGCUCCGUGGUCACCAAACAGCCUAUUGAAAUCUAUGGCCCUCUAGGCCUUCGGGACUUUGUCUGGCGAACCAUGGAACUCUCUCACACAGAGCUGGUCUUCCCAUAUGUGGUCCAUGAGCUGGUGCCCACAGCAGAUCAGUGUCCUACAGAAGAACAGAAAGAACUCACACAUGUGAAAAGAGCAGACAGCUGUCCCAAAGAGGGACAAGGGCGAACUAUCCUGUUAGACUCAGAAGAAAACGCAUACCUUUUGGUUGAUGAUGAACAGUUUGUUGUAAAAGCAUUUCGCCUUUUUCACCGAAUUCCCUCCUUUGGAUUUUCAGUCAUGGAGAAGAAACGCCCAGGUAAACUCAAUGCACAGAAACUAAAAGACCUCGGUGUUCCACCCGGUCCCGCCUAUGGGAAGCUGAAAAAUGGAAUUUCUAUUGUUCUGGAAAACGGGGUUACAAUUUCUCCCCAAGAUGUUUUAAAAAAGCCUAUCAUUGGAAGGAAAAUCUGCAUCUUAGGUGACUGUUCUGGGGUUGUGGGUGAUGGAGGAGUGAAGCUGUGCUCUGAAGCAGACCUGUUGAUCCACGAAGCAACCCUGGAUGAUACCCAGAUGGACAAAGCAAAGGAACACGGCCACAGCACACCACAGAUGGCUGCAGCGUUUGCAAAGUUGUGCCAAGCAAAGAGGCUGGUUCUGACUCACUUCAGUCAGAGGUACAAACCAGUUGCCUUGGCCAGAGAAGGAGAAACAGAUGGUGUUGCAGAACUGAAAAAGCAAGCUGAAUCAGUGUUACAUCUCCAAGAAGUUACUCUAGCAGAAGAUUUUAUGGUGAUUGGCAUUCCAAUCAAGAAAUGAAACCAGCGUUCCUGAAUGCAUACUGACAUGUCAGUAGAUGUGUUACUGAACCUCCAGUCCAGUUGGGUUUUUUGUUUGUUUGGUCUAAAUUAUUUGGGGCCUAAUAAUCCUAAAAAGGAUGGCGCUGCAUUGCUGAACUGACUCAGCAGUAAGAGGGAGCAAGCUUUUUGAUAAUAAAUAAUUUUAAAAAGAAAAAGAACAGCAUCCUUCUUGUCUUUAAAGUUCAUAUUUGACAAAAUGAUAGACUCUUCAGAUAUACCUCUUGUUUUGUGACUACUGCCUCAGAUAUAAGCCAAUACCCCAUGCAAUCCUGGGUUUGACUUCUGCCCAGCUUUAUGGCUGUUAUUGUCAAAGGGCUCGGGGUAUUCUGGCAGUUUGUGUUGAAUCUGCUUGUGUUAUUAACAGAAUAGAGAGAAAUGUAAUGGGGCAUUGAACAUGCAGGAUUGGAGAUAGCAUGUUAAAUCUUGAAGUCUGCUGGAAUACUGAAUGCAGGAUCAGGCUAGGUGUUUCUCUUUCAAUGGAUAUUUUACUGAACUUCCUGGUUUGCUGUAAACCUGUGGUUCUCAGGUGGAGGUGAUACCACGCCCCUGGGGGGCGGGGGGUUGAAACUGUGGGGAUAUUUUUCUUGUCACAAUGACUUGGGGGCACUACU